CAAUUACUAGUACUAGUACUAUAUACCAAAUAUUAACGUUGUAUUUCCUGUUCAGUGUCUUCUCAGGUAAGUUCAUCUUGUCUUUACAGAAAAACCCUUUUGAUUUCACACUGUAAUUUUAUUCUUCAUUGAUUACUUACACGUUAUAUACGUGUAUUCAUUUACGUAAAUACAGGUCAGGCAGUAUAUAAUUAUAAGUAAUAAAGUUUUAGACACAAAUGGCGGUGUCGUUUUAUUGGACUGUGUCAAAUGAUUAUAACAGAAGCACAUUCGGAUCAUAUUAAAAAGAAUAUACUUUUUUUCAGCCAACUGUUCUUCAACUUAUAGUCUUGGCGGUUAUUGGUUCUGAACUAUGAUUUCUUUUCUAUUUUAUAUUUCUUUUUUUGGUUUUCUUGAUUUGGGACCCUAAUCAGCUCAACACUGAAUUUUGAGCUGGGUUCAGUUUCUGAUACCAUUUUAUUACUGUUUUUUUCGUUUGAUUUGCUGGGUAUUCAGCAAAUUUUGUGUAUUGUUGUAGUGUAUGUGUAUCCCCUUUUAGUUUUCUUCUUCUUUUUGUCUGUCUUUUUUCCAACAAAGACAGAUUCUUUUCUUGAUCUGUCUUUGAAUUUUGAUCAAUUAUUGUUCUUUGAUCCUUUUCUUGAAAAUUCAAAUAAGCCGGGGACAAUAAAAAUUGGGGAAACUAUUAAAAAUUGGAUCUUUGUGGGAAAUAUUUGGAAAUUAAUGGAUGUGAUGAGUGAAAUGUAGCAAUUAAGCUUAAAAAUUUACAAUCUUGAUGAAUUGGGGUUGUGAUUUGUGAUGUGGCAAUAAGACUGUGUUAAGUGGAAGCUUUGGCAGAUAUUCGUAUUAUUUUUAAAAAUGAAUACUAUGGGGAGGAUAGGUAGCUACAUUGGGAGAGGAGUAAGUAGUGUUUCUGGGACUUUCCAUCCAUUUGGUGGUGCUGUAGAUAUCAUAGUGGUGGAGCAACCAGAUGGUAGUUUUAAAUCCUCUCCUUGGUAUGUUCGGUUUGGGAAGUUUCAAGGGGUUUUGAAGGCGAAAGAAAAGGUGGUUCAUACAACUGUCAAUGGCGUUGAAGCGGGAUUUCAUAUGUAUUUAGAUAAUAGAGGACAAGCUUUCUUUCUAAAGGAGUUGGAUAUAGAAGAUGGAGGAGACUCUUUAUUUUCUUCUUCAUCCUCGGGUGAGGAUACUGAUGGGCAAACGAGUAGUAAGCCGCCAACAAAAUCAAAGAGUUGCAAUUAUGAUGCUGUUGACUCUAUUUCAGUUACUCAGAUUAAUGUGAGCGGUGAGGAUGUCUUGGUGAGGGCUAAUUCCCGAAAACCUGGGAUUUUAGGCAGGGUUUUUGGGAGGAAGUCGAUGAAGAGUUACAGGCCUCUCGAGGAAGACACUAAUGCCAGUGUUAUCAGGGCAGACUCGUUGGAGUGUGCUGAAAUGGCAGCUGAUCUCUUAGAAAUGAAGUGGUCUACUAAUCUGACCCCCAAGAGGUACAGUAGAGACUACGCUACACGAAUUUCUGCCGAAGAUACGUCACAGGGUGUUAAAGAUGAGUACUUGCAAAUUAAUGACACAAAAAGUGAUAUGAGUUUUCCGUCACAUGAUAACAAGUUAGACAAUCUUGAUUUCCGUGAGUCUGCUCGUGAGAAGGAUGAUGGUAAUCAACUGAUCUUUCAGGCUCUAGAGAAGUCUGUCAAGAAAUCUAGUAAACAUGUGUUAUUUUCAGCAUCUGAGAAUGCUGCAAGAGUGUCAACUGUUGUCCAAGGUGGCGAACAUUAUAGUGGUGAAGAAAGCUUAAAGAGUUCUUAUGACGGUGGUGACCUAGGCAUAGUUAAUGCUGAUCAUGAUGCCAAGGGUAUUACAUUUAUAUCUGAGGUUUCAAAUUCCAGUUCACAAGUUGUGAACUCCGCUGAGCUUGAGAGACACGAUUCUUUUGCAACUAACCAUCUUUCAGAGGAGGAAAAUGAAACUGCUGCGGUCCAAUCUUUUUCCUAUUGUGAAACUGAAGAGAACUCAACAGCAGUGCUAGAUGUUUCAAUUGAACAAGUUACUCAAAACUUGUGUGCUUCUCGUGAUCUAGAAGCUUGUAUGCAUCCCCAAACGCUUCUCGGUGUGAAUGAUUUAAUGGCAGUGGGGAACUCUCAACCAGAAGAGGAUUUAUUAGUUGAAAAGGAUUCUUCAAAUGUUCAAGGAUUUGAAAAAAAUGAAAACUGUUUCAAGGAUUUAACCAACAAAAUCUGUGCAAACUCAACCACUCAUUUUUUAGUCUGUGAGAGUGGCUCAUUGAAUAGCUCUGCUGCGGAAGCAGAUUUUGGGUGGAUUUUGCCUAUGUCUUCUUCAGAAGCUCUUGGUGAUCCUCAUGAAUCUAGCGGCAGUUUGGUCCCACUUACUGUUCCUUCAUCAGAAAGCUUGGAGGAACAGCAGCUUCUCUUUGGUGACAUUGAUGGUUGUGGUGACACGGUUGCCAGAUACGCAGAGUCCAUUUCUUUAGAUUAUAAGGAAAAAGACUAUCUAGUCCCAAAGAAUGAGCCUGGUCCUGCUCUGGAAAAGUCUAUCCAACGUGAUCCGCCAUUUGUUGCAGAUGGAAGAAAACUCAAAACUGUAUCAAGCAACGUUGACAUUCCUGUAGUAGUUCAGGAUAACGAAGUUAUGCGGAUGAGCAGAUCUCUACCCAAUAUGUGGUCUCCUGAUAAUGAUAUGCCUUCUAACCCCGAUGACCUAAACUCAUCAAUUGUACUACAGACAACAGAAGUUGCUGAGGUCGCAGAGGAGGUGCAAAAUAUUUCAGCCACUCCAAAAAUUGAAAGAGAUGCCAGAUCCAAUAAUUUAUCGAGUGGGAACUGGAGAUCAUGGUCUUUUUCUUAUAAGAGAUCAAAAAGCCAGAAAAGUUCUGGCUCAUCCGUGGAUGAAGAUGUAAACUCUGAUGCUAAAAGUAUUUCAAAUAACACAGGUGGUGUCAGAGAAAAAGAUGUGCCCAGGUCAAGGAUUUCUAAGAAGAAAAUAAUGUUAACCACUCCAACAUCUGAACAGCUGGCCACUUUGAAUCUGAAGGAAGGAAAGAAUAUAGUUGUAUUCACGUUUUCGACUGCGAUGCUGGGAACACAGCAGGUUGAUGCACGUAUAUAUUUGUGGAGAUGGGACUCAAAGAUUGUUAUAUCUGAUGUUGAUGGAACAAUUACUAGAUCUGAUGUUCUAGGGCAGUUCAUGCCUUUGGUUGGGAUGGACUGGUCACAGACAGGCGUUGCACAUCUUUUUUCGGCUAUCAAGGAGAAUGGAUAUCAUUUGCUUUUCCUAAGUGCACGUGCUAUUUCACAGGCCUAUCUCACUAGACAAUUCCUGUUUAAACUUAUGCAGAAUGGGAAGGGAUUACCGGAAGGACCAGUUCUUACAUCUCCUGAUGGAAUUUUCCCUUCUCUAUUUCGAGAAGUGGUUAGAAGAGUUCCUCAUGAAUUCAAAAUCGCUUGCUUAGAGGAUGUAAAAGCAUUGUUCCCUCCUGAUAGGAAUCCCUUUCCCUUCUAUGCUGGUUUUGGAAACAGACUCACGGAUGAGAUCAGCUACCUCAAGGUUGGAAUACCUAAAGGGAAAAUCUUUACCAUCAAUCCAAAGGGUCAAAUUGUUGUAAAUCGCCACAUAGAUACAAAAUCAUAUACCUCUCUUCAUUGUCUUGUCAAUGGCAUGUUUCCAGCCAUGUCCUCAUGUGAGCAGGAAGAUUUUAAUUCGUGGAAUUUCUGGAGAUUUCCACCUAUUGAUUGAAAAUUAGCAGUCCAUCCUAAACUAUUUUUUAAGAUUCAAGGGUGGUACUCCCACGGCCACGGAAAGAUUCAGCAAAAGGCUAGAGUCAAUACUAUAAAUAGCUAGCAUGUGCUUGACCGAACAUACAGACAAGCUCCUUGUAACUGUAUAUUUUGUACACUCAUCCUGGAGGAAGAAAAUCGUAUACUCAAUUUUCCGAUAUUGUACUCAUCGAUCAUAGGCUUGUCGAUUUGCUUGGACAUAACAUGUAUAUACAUAAUUAUGGGAGGAAAAUACAAACAGGUUCCACGCUUCAGGAUGAGGUGAACUUUGUAAAUUGUUGUAGUAUUAUAUGUUCUUGAGAAGGUGUAGAUUUUGUAGUAGUUCAGUCAUUUAUAUAUACUUUAGCUUAUAAUGAACAGAACUGUUAUAGCAAAGUGUUAUUGAUAUGAAAAGCUGUUUUUAGCCUGUGAUAGUU